AUGUCUCUCACACUGCUCCCGGGGUUCACACGGCUGCUCCCGGGGCGUGCACUCCUUUCUGCGGGCUUCUGUUCGCGUUUGGCCGGUGUGGAGGUGCGACAUGACCGGGAGAAGCAGCGGUUCAGCGUGAGGCCAGAGGGCGGACACGAGGAGGAGGCCGUGCUCUCCUACAGGUUCACCUCAGAGCAGGAGGUGGAGCUCAUGUCCACGUUUGUCCCAGAGUCUUUCAGAGGGAGAGGACUGGCUGCGGUCCUGUCCCAGGCCGCCCUAGACUUUGUUCUGGAGCAGAAGCUGACGGCGAGAGUCUCUUGUUGGUACAUCCACAAAUAUCUGAAGGAAAACCCAGAAAAAUACACAGAGAUCAUCCUCCCCUAA